GACGGGAACAACAGUGUUGUGAUAAACAUAUACGAAGACCAGAAAUGGACAGUUAGGCGAAGUGUGGCUGAUGUGGAUGUGCUAUUCGCAGCCAAAUCUGUAAACUGGUCCCAACCUAUCGACGCGUUUGGUUUCUUUGGGGGCAUUUUUGUCAUAUUUCAAGGAAACUCUUACACGUCUGUGAAAUGCGAGAGAGGGGAGUGGAGUGAAGUGCGGCACCUCAACAUACCCGCCUCCUUCUCGGGCAUAGAGGGACCCCUGGAUUCGGCCAAUUUCAUCAAGACCGAUUCCCAGAUGGACGACGCCUACCUCUAUAUGUUUAAAGCGGAAAACUUUUACAUUUGUCCAGUUUUUGGCAACGAGCCAUGCAAUGGUCCGCUUUCUAUUGUGGACGACUUUUUCCGCUUUGACGACGAGUGCGGACUCAACCCGAAGUCGUCGACCGCUAAUCUAUUGAAUUGGAUUAUAAUCGCCUUUUUGGUGGCCAUUAUAGCAAUUCUUUUGUUGGCCUUUUGCUGCUAUGGAGUUGUGUUGCGUUCGCGUCAAAUCACGUUUUGGGUGAACGGCCGCCGACGGGCUAAGGAUCCCAACGCCGGACUCACAUAUGAGGCACUGAACGGACAACAGACUGAUGUGACCAACAAAGGAGUCGAAGCGAAGGAAAAGACAACUAAUGGUAAUGGAGUUGAGAUCCCAUUAGAAGAUCAGACAAAUACUCCGUUCAUCGAUAGUAAUGGAAAGGAUGAAGACAUCAAUCAUUAGUUCACUUUAUAAUAUUUAACAUUACUUUUAUGUUCAAAAUAUAAAUUUUAUAUAUUAGUAAAUGUUAUUAAAAAUGCCCUUUUGUUAAUUUAAAUACUUUUUAUCAUAAAACCGAUUAGUAUUCUAGCAUUUAAUUUGCCUGAUAUUUAAAUUAGUCUCUUAUUUAAAUGUAUUUUCACUCGUCUUGUAAAUUGUGUUUUAAUAUAAAAAUUGAUUUCCUAUUGAAUCUGAUUUCAUUGACUGUCAUUCAAAGAGGUUUAAAAUUUAUGAUAAUUACUGUAAUUAUAUGUAAAUUCAGGGAAAGUGUACGGCUUUUGUAAUUGUAAGUCACGUAUAAUUAUUAACAUAGACUGAAUCUCCGUUUGCACACAAAGUGUGGAAAAUAAUUUUAUUAAUAAUUUAUUGAUAUUAUACUAAAUUUAUAACAACUUUUUUGUCAAAAACAAAAUAAUUUUUUGAUAAUAAUCACAAUUUUAAAUCUUAUAAAAACCUGAAUUUUCAUCCCUUUCUCUACCCUUUUCUCUC